AUGAUGGAAAUCGACGAGGUUGUAUAUCAGGACGACUAUGGCUCAGUGUCCGUUAUGUCGGAGCGGGUGUCGGGCCUGGCCAACAGUAUCUAUCGGGAGUUCGAGCGCCUCAUCAGCAGCUACGAUGAGGAAGUGGUCAAGGAGCUAAUGCCGCUGGUGGUGAACGUUCUGGAGAAUCUGGAUUCGGUUUUAACGGAAAACCAGGAGCACGAGGUGGAGCUCGAGCUGCUGAAGGAGGACAACGAGCAGCUCAUCACCCAGUACGAGCGCGAGAAGGCGCUGCGCAAGCAGGCAGAGGAGAAAUUCAUAGAGUUUGAGGAUGCGUUGGAGGGGGAGAAGAAGGACCUGCAGACUCAUGUGGAGAGCCUGGAACUGCAGGGGAAACAGCUGGAGCUCAAGACCAAGAACUAUUCUGACCAGAUCACGCGUCUGGAGGAGCGUGAGUCAGACAUGAAGAAGGAGUACAACGCUUUGCACCAGCGACACACAGAGAUGAUUCAAACAUACGUGGAGCAUAUUGAGAGGUCCAAGAUGCAACAGGCAGGGAAUAACAGCCAGUCAGAAGGGCCAGGCAGUGGACGAACCAAGGUGGAGCGUCCCCCGUCAUUGAGCUUGUACCCCAGUGGAGAGGGCAUGGGAAUGGUACGUGGGGGUCUCGGGGGGGCUAGGAUGCCUGGGUCUGGGACCAACGUCUGGCAGGUCAGCGAGCUCAGCCAAUCGCGCUACACCUCUGGCUACCAGAUGCCCCAGGAGGAUGGUUCCGAGUCGGACUCGGUGGCGGCCACGCCCAGUAGCACAGGAAGUAAGUCCAACACGCCCACGUCCUCCGUCCCCUCCGCCACCGUCACGCCCCUCAACGAGGGCUUCCUACCGCCCGGCGAGUUCGACCCAAUGCAUGCUGUAAGCCGCGGCAGGAAGAGUACUAAACGCCUCAGCAGAAACAUGGAGGUGCAGGUCUCCCAGGAAACCAGGAACGUCAGCAUUGGUAUGGGUAGCAGUGACGAGUGUUCAGAAUUCCAAGAGAUCAUCGAUUCCACCCCAGAGCUGGAUAUGUGUGUGGACCCCCGUCUCUAUGGUGGAGGAAACAGUCCUUCCCAGGGCAUCGUGAACGAGGCAUUCGGUAUCAACACAGACUCCCUCUACCAUGAGAUCAAGGAUGCCAAGUCUGACAUAAUCGGGGAUGUUGACGCCGGGGCGGAGCUUCUAGGGGAGUUCUCAGUCCGUGAUGAUUUUUUCGGGAUGGGCAAGGAGGUGGAGAAUCUGCUGACGGAGAACAAACAUCUUCUGGAGACCAAAAAUGCUCUGAACAUCGUGAAGAACGACCUAAUAGCCAAAGUGGAUGAGCUCUCUGGGGAGCAUGAGGUGCUGAGAGAGGAACUGGAGGCCCUUAGGACCACCAAGAACAAAGUAGACACAAAGGUUAAAGAACUGGAAGAAGAGCUGAAGAGGUUGAGAGCAGAAGCUCUGAUUCUGGGAGCAUCUCAGGACUCCAAGGAUGAAGGAGGAGAAGAUGUGAGUAAAACAAACAAAUGUACAUUUACAUUUAAUGUGACUAUGACGCAGCGUCGGCGUUUCACGCGGGUAGAGAUGGCCAGGGUCCUGAUGGAGAGGAACCAGUACAAGGAGAGACUAAUGGAACUACAGGAGGCUGUCCGGUGGACAGAGAUGAUCAGGGCAUCCAGGGAGAGUCCUCAGAUGCAGGAGAAGAAGAAAUCCACCAUCUGGCAGUUUUUCGCCCGUCUGUUCAGUUCCUCGGCCAGUCCCCCGCCAGUCAAGCGUCCCUACUACAGCGUCAACAUCCACUACAAAUCCCCGUCCCCUGCAGGCUUCCCCCAGAGACGCAGCCACACCAUGUGUCAGAUCUCCACCUCAAACCGAACCCUGGAGUUUUUCCCAGAAGACGACUCUGCGCUGUCGGCUCGUCGUGAGCAGCGCCGGGAACAGUACAGGCAGGUCCGAGAGCACAUGCGGCGCGAUGACGGCAUUAUGCAGGCCUGCGGCUGGAGCGUGCCGCCACGCUUCAAACAGCUUACUCCAAUUAGGGGAGGGAAGGAGGACAACCGCAUGAAGAAUGUCCCUGUUCCUGUCUACUGUCGCCCCCUAGUGGAGAAGGACCCCAACAGGAAGUUGUGGUGUGCGGCGGGCGUGGACCUGGCGGGUUGGAAGACGUGCACUCAGGAUAUUAUGACAGUAAAGGCUGGCCCCGGCAACGGCGUUACGAAUCCUCUAGCCAUAGAGGAGGGAGAGGGAGGAGACGGCAAGAGCAACCACAGCUCACCAGAGAAGAGAAAGUCUAAGGAGCUCCAUGAAACAGACACUAUGAGUAGCAGAGUCUGGAUCCUGACCAGUACCCACUCGGCCAGCAAGGUGGUCAUCAUUGAUGCCAACCAGCCCGGCUCGUUGGUCGACCAGUUCAACGUCUGCAAUGCCCACGUGCUCUGUAUCUCCAGCGUGCCAGCGGCCAGUGAGAGUGACUACCCGGCGGGUGAGAUCAUGCUGGACUCUGGGGAGGGUGGUGGUGAGGAGACAGGCGGGGUGGAGGGCAUGCUAGCAGGCAUCACCCUGGUGGGCUGUGCCACCAACUGUAGCGUGGUCCGCAGCAACUGCUCCUCGCGCACCGACACACCCGUACUGGACCGGGGGCAAGCUCCUACUGCUCCACCACUCAGUGGGAAGCUGCACCCGGCCCAGUCAGCAGAGGAGGCCACAGAGGCUACAGAGGUAGCUGAGCCGGCCGCCAGCGAGACAGACAACACAUUGGGACCUCCAGGGCCCUUCAUGGAGCACGUCUUCACAGACCCCCAGCCUCCGGUGGUUGAUGAUGGCCAAUACGACCGGUGUGCAGGCCAGUCAAAAGAGGAGUCUAACUCCCCACCCCAGGAGACGGAGGAUGGAAGCGACGACCCGAAAGCUGGAACCAGCGUCGCCCCCACUAUGUGGCUGGGAGCACAAAAUGGCUGGCUUUAUGUCCAUUCGGCAGUGGCCAACUGGAAGAAGUGUCUCCACUCCAUCAAACUGAAGGACUCUGUGCUCAGUCUAGUGCAUGUGAAGGGUCGUGUGCUUGUGGCUCUGGCAGACGGGACACUGGCUAUCUUCCACAGAUCCGAGGACGGGCAGUGGGACCUUUCUAACUACCACCUGAUGGACCUGGGUAGACCACACCACUCUAUCCGCUGCAUGGCCAUGGUCCAUGACAAAGUGUGGUGUGGCUACAAGAACAAGAUCCAUGUCAUCCAGCCCAAGAGCAUGCAGAUAGAGAAGUCCUUUGACGCCCACCCUCGCAGGGAGAGCCAGGUGAGGCAGCUGGCGUGGAUCGGGGAUGGGGUGUGGGUGUCAAUCCGUCUGGACUCCACGCUGCGUCUCUACCACGCCCUCACACACCAGCACCUACAGGAUGUCGACAUCGAACCCUACGUCAGCAAGAUGCUGGGUACUGGCAAGCUGGGCUUCUCCUUUGUGCGAAUAACAGCCCUUCUUAUUGGUGGAAACCGCUUGUGGGUGGGGACUGGGAAUGGUGUGGUCAUCUCCAUACCACUGACAGAGACGGUAGUACUUCAUCGGGGACAGCUCCUAGGUCUGAGGGCCAAUAAGGUGUCUCCGACGUCAUCCGGCGGUGUGGCCGGGGGUGUGAUUCAUGUGUAUGCGGACGACAACCCAGAGAAAAGCAGCGGCAGCUUCAUCCCAUACUGCUCCAUGGCCCAGGCUCAGCUCUGUUUCCAUGGACACAGAGAUGCCGUCAAGUUCUUUGUCUCUGUGCCAGGCAACGUGUUGGCCACCCUAAAUGGUAGUGUGCUGGACAGUCCGUCAGAGGGUCAGGGGUCCUCGGCACAGCCGGAGGCUGAGGCUCAGAGCGUACAUAACGUCCUGGUGCUGAGUGGAGGGGAGGGCUACAUCGACUUCCGCAUCGGUGAUGGCGAGGACGACGAGACAGAGGAAGGGGAGGUGUCGGGGGGCGCCCUGCAGAUGAAGCCUGCCGUAUGCAAAGCCGAGCGGAGCCAUAUCAUCGUGUGGCAGGUGUCCUACGUCCCCGAGUGA